UCUACAAUUUCCUUCUCCCAACCCCCACUUCCUCUCUUUUCCCUAACACGGUUUCUCUUUACAUCAUUAAAUCCAAAAGAAAAAGAAAACACAACUUAGACUUGACACAUCUAUAACAAAAAAAAAUACAUCUCAAGUUCUUCAAUUCUCUCAUUCUAUUUCUCUAUAUAGCAAGGUACCAUUACGAGCUCAAUAUUUAAUAUAUACGUUUGUAGGAUGGCUAGCCUUCAAUCCGAUCACCAACUCAAACAACUAAAAGAAAUAUUCAAGCGAUUCGAUCUUGAUCACGAUGGAAGCCUCACACAACUAGAGUUAGCCGCUCUCCUACGUGCACUUGGCCUCAAGCCAACGGGUGAUCAAAUCUAUGCAUUACUAGCAAACAUGGACAAUAAUGGCAACGGGCUCAUUGAAUUCGAUGAGCUCGUAAAUGCCAUUAUGCCCGACAUGAAUGCAGAAAUCUUGGUAAAUCAAGAACAACUCAUGGAGGUUUUCCGAUCGUUCGAUCGAGAUGGUAACGGAUACAUCACGGCUGCUGAGCUGGCUGGCUCAAUGGCAAAAAUGGGACGUCCAUUAACGUACAAGGAGUUGUCUGAUAUGAUGCAAGAAGCUGAUACGAAUGGUGAUGGUGUUAUAAGUUUUAAUGAGUUUGCUAAUAUUAUGGGAAGAUCUGCGGCUGAUAUUCUUGGAUUAACUGUUUCCUGAUGGAUUCAAGAUUUGAAUUUUACGGGUUCAAAAUUGGAAUUCCACCGCAUCCCGCCUAAUUUAUUAGGUUUGAAAUCUAUUGUUUUUACUUCUUUAUUAGGUUUUUUAACAGAUUUAUGUACAAAGUCUGAAUCAAAGCUAAUGAUUCGAAUAAACCCGUAGCUCUUUUACUA